AUGGCGCUGGACGGCCUCCCAUCAGCCACCGACUCUCUGGGGCCGUGUGGAGGUAGUCUAGCUCACUCACGUCGGCUAGCUAAUGUCCUGUACGAGACCUCAUCGGCUGUUGCGUUUAAGAACCGAACAGAGCUGGGGCUUGACGUUCUCGCUUCAGCUCGGCCGUCUGCUCUCGCCAGCUCUUCCUCGGGAGGCGCCGCAGAUCGUAAAGCUGUCGGAGCAGAGCGAAAGACAGAAAGUCACGCGGCUCCGAUCUCUCCAGCUCUAAAAGCAAAGCCGUGUUGCUUCCAGAGCCAGCGCCGCUUUCGGCAUGAUGCAACCUGUGAUAACAACGCAAAUGGAGCUCUCUCUCUGAGGACUGUUUUCUGCCGUCUGAUUGGCAGGUAUUUCCGCACCAUCUACCUGGGCAUCCGGAGCAGGCGCAGUGGCGAGAACGACCGCUGGAGGUUCUACUGGAGGAUGGUGUACGAGUACGCUGACGUCAGCAUGCUCCACCUGCUCGCCACCUUCCUGGAGAGCGCGCCUCAGCUCGUCCUGCAGCUCUGCAUCAUCAUCCAGACUCACAAGCUUCUGGCCGUGCAAGGAAUGACUGCCGCUGCCUCUCUGGUGUCCUUGGCUUGGGCUCUGGCAUCCUACCAGAAGGCUUUACGGGAUUCACGUGACGACAAGAAGCCCGUCAGCUACCUGGCCGUCAUCAUUCAAUUCUGCUGGCACUUCUUCACCAUCGCGGCACGCGUCGUGACCUUUGCCCUGUUCGCCUCCGUGUUCCAGCUCUACUUCGGAAUUUUCAUCGUGCUACAUUGGUGCAUCAUGACCUUCUGGAUCGUGCACUGCGAGACCGAGUUCUGCGUCACCAAGUGGGAGGAGAUUGUCUUUGACAUGGUGGUGGGGAUCAUCUACAUCUUCAGCUGGUUCAACGUAAAGGAGGGCCGCACGCGCUGCCGCCUCUUCAUCUACUACUUGGUCAUCUUGUUGGAAAACGCAGCGCUCAGCGCGCUCUGGUAUCUGUACCGCUCACCGCUGGGCACCGACGCCUUCGCUGUUCCUGCCCUGUGCGUCAUCUUUUCCAGCUUCUUCACAGGAAUCGUCUUCAUGCUCAUGUACUACGCUUUCUUCCAUCCUAACGGGCCGCGAUUUGGACGCUCGGCCAGCCUGAGCCAGCUGGACGAUACCAACGUCACUACCGGCUUCGCCAUGCCAACCGAAGGUGCCACCAAUUCCCUUCGCUCCAACAGGGGUGGCACGCUGGCAAGGGACGCUGAUCGCGAUGCUAAGUACACCGAGCGAGACGGAUGCGCCCCUGUUUUUCAAGUUCGUCCCACAGCUCCGUCCACGCCAUCCUCUCGCACCCAUCGCGUGGACGAAACCGUGAUCAGAAUAGACGUAUGCAGGAACCGAUACCCAGCCUGGGAAAGGCACGUGCUGGACCGCGGCAUACGCAGAGCCAUCUUGGCUAUCGCUAACUCGCCCACGCCACCUCGACUGCAGUACAAGGACGACAUGCUCGUCCAGGAGCGGCUGGAGUACGAGACCACGUUGUAG